GAUGACGUUUUGCACCGGAAGUGUGGAAAGACGCUCAAUGCAACGUUGAGCGUUAUUAGAAGGUUGGCGUUGGUAGUUGAUAUCUUUUAAGAUGUUCUCCAAGAGCACCAAGCAGAUGCUGAGAAAUGUCAUCCGGCACACAGGAACACACAACAGGAUGGUGGAGGAGACGGACAUGUGGACCCAGCGGAGCUUGAAGAGAGACAGCCACGGAAAGGCCUCCCGGAACUCCUUCUUGUUUGACCAGCGAUCAGACAACUAUGAUGACCGACGGCGCCGCGGUCACCGCACUGCCCACAUGGACAGCGGGGACAGUGAUGAGGACAAACAGAAGAGCACAUACUGGUCCAGGCAGCUGCAGAAGGCAGAGGAAACUAACCCUGACAGAUGGGGACACAGUGGAUUUAAGGAACUGUACCCUGAUGACUUCGCCAGCGACCGCUCUGAAGGGGAAGAGAAAAGGAGUAGGAAGAAGAAGAAAAAGAAAGAAAAGAAGAGAAAGAAGAAGAAAAAGGAGAAGAAACACAAGAGUAAACACCACAGUGACAGUGACUCUGAGAGGGAGAGGGAUGAUCACAUGGACAGACCAUCGUUCAGGACGAAGUCUGCCAACUCUCUCAACACGAGGGACAGAGUCAGUGACAGGAACUAUCAGGACCACAGGAUUCAGGAGCGAGAACCUAGAAAACGGAAAUAUUCUUCCUCUGACUCCUCAGCGAGCAGUUCCUUUGAACCUGUGCGGAAAGAAGGAAAAAGAGAAAAAGACUCUUUCCGAGAAAAUGGAGACCAUUACUCCUCAUCUUCUGAAUCUUCUGAAAGUAACACUUUCCGUCAGCCAAUCAGAAAAGAGUUGAAGUCCCGCAGACAUGGACUUAGGGAAAAUCAUAAUCAUAGACAUUCAGAUCGAAAGAAGAGGAAGAAACACAAGAGCUGAUUGUGUUUCCUGCUGGCUCUGUGAUGUGUUUAAUGUGAUAAUUGAGCAGGGUUGCACAUGGGUGUAGAAACUGAACUCCCUAAAACAUGUUCCUGUAUUCCUAUAUGGAUUCCGUGGUGGAAUUGAUCCCAGCUGGCAAUGCUUGUCGUACAAGGCAACUAAAUGGAACGGGGAUCAGGCUCGGUGACUUUCGGUGUUAUUGAAGCCCAACGGUGGGAUGUUGUUUAUAACUCACUGGUUUGUCUGGUCCAGAUGACAUUAUUUACAGGUUGCUGUCAUGGCUGGAAUAUAUCUGAAUGAUGUAUAAAACAGAAUAUAAGACAAAUGGUGAUGAACUAUAAUUUCUGUUGCAUCACUGUGGGUUUCAGCAUCUCUGUGAUGUUGUUCAAGGUAACUUUCCGCCACCACUCGGAACAGCUAUGCACCUGGUUUCAACACAGCGAUCUCAGUGCUGUAGCUUCAUACUUCAGGACAUGAUGAGCAUCACAGUAUUUAAGUCCCAAUUCAUCAGUAUACAAUGCGUAAUGACUUACGGACACUCUCGAACCCUUUCCCUUUCGUCGAACUCUAAUUGUCGUAGUUCUAGUGUUUGUUCAAAUGUGAAUGCUUUGAUCUCAACUCCUCUGAACUGAUGAAACCUCAAUCACGUCCCUACUCUCACAAUCUCAUUAAAAUCAGACCUUAAUUCUCGCUACCGCUGAACAAAGAUCUGAAGACAUCCCAUAAGGGGUUGCGUCAGAACACCUUACAUCCGACUAAUCAGAGCGUCGCUUACCUUAUUUUGAAAGUGACAAUGGAAUGUGAUUUCUACCUCGAAAUGUAUAACACAGGGUAUUCGGAACAAUACUUACGGGUUUAACGACUGAAUCCAUACAAUCUAGAUCAUCUAUUAGCCAUUCCAGAAUG